AUGGAACAACUUAUUGAAUAAUAUAAAGAAUUAGAAAAAUGCAAUAAUGAAGAAUUAGAACAUGAUAAAUCAAUAACUCAUUUAUUAUACAUAGAAGGAUUUAAAUGGGAUGAUUUAGAUAAAAUAAAAAAGAUUAAUAAAAUAUCACAAUCUAAAAUAGAAAAAAGAAUUACUCUAGUUUAAGAUGUAAAAAUUAGUAUUAAAUAUAGUUUGGUUUAUUAAGAAAAGAAAUAGAACCUUAUACAAAAACUAAUCAACAUUUUUAGACUUUAUUAAAAGAUAUUGAUAUGCAUAUAAAUUCCAUUAUGUUCGAAAUAGAUAAAUUAGAAUAAUUAAAAUAGAAAUCAUAAAGAUUCUUACGACUUUAAAGUUAACCCAAUAUCAAACCAGAAACUGCACCUACUGAUGCUAUGGCUUAAACAGGAGGAUUAUUAUCAAGUACUAGUGAUGGUCAAACAAGAAUGUAUUAAAGUAGUUUUUAAUUUUACCGAGCUUAAAGAGAUUAAUAAAUUUAAUCACAUAAUUAAAAAUGGAUAGAAAAAUAAUAUACAAUUCAAAAAAAGUUAAUUGAGAGUGAAAAAGAAUUUUAGAAAUUUAGAUAUGAAAUUGAUACAAAAUAAAAAAAAGCUGAGAUGAACCUUUAAGAAUUUUAAUAAUGGUAAUCAAAAGUAUUAAAAGAGUAAGAAGAGGAGAAUUCUAAAAAAUUGUAUUAACAUAAAGAAAGAUUGUUAAAAGAUUAAGUUUAAAGAUAAGCUAUUUUAGAACAAAAAAUGUCUAGAAAAGAAUUACAAUUAUAAAAAUAGAUGUCAUUAUUAAAAGAUUUCCAUGAAUAAUAAAAAUAAUAGAAAGAAGAACAUUUUUAAAAGAUUUUAUAAAAAUCUAUGGGAGCAUUAAAUGAUAAAGACAAAUUUAAUUUAUAAUAAAAAGAAUAAAUUGAAAAGAAAGAAUAAUAAAAUUUACAUAAGUUGAAGUACAUUGAAGAAUCUAAGUAAUGGACUAAGUAAUAGUUAUAGAGAUAGAAUGAAUUAAAAUAAAAAAAAAUUGAUAGAGCUAACGUAAAGUUCUUUAAUAUUUUAAGUAAAUUCUAGUUUCUUAAGAUCUUUAAAGAAGAGAAAAAUUUGAAAAUAAAGAAAAGAAGAAACUUGCUUAUAUGGAUAAAUAUAAAAAGUUAUUUGAUGAGUAUUAGAAUCAUAUUAACAAAGAGAAAGAAGAUAAAAUUCAUUAAUUUUAAAUAGUAUAUAUAAAAUUUAUAUAGUUUAGAAUAAAGCUAUAGAUGAUGCUAGCAAAGAAUAAUUAAUUAAAUAUUAAUUUGAAAGAAAAUCUCAAAGUUAAGCUGAAGCUUAAAGAUUAAGGGAAAGAAGAAUAAGAGUUUAUUAAGAAGAGAAGGCUGGGGAACAUUUAAUGAAAUAAUUAGAGAUUAAUUAAAGAUUAAAUCAAAUAUAAUAAGAAUUAGAAAUGAAGAGAAGAAUGUAAGAAUUAAUGGAAGAAGAAUAAAAAUAAAGAAAGUUAAUGAUAGAGUAAUUAAUUUGAUUCUAUUAUAGAAAUGAUGAAAGACAAACUAUAAAGGAAAGAGAAAAAAAUGUUAGAAAGUUAGAAAUUGAAAAAGAAUAGAAAGAAAAGGAGAUGAAAAAGCUCAAAUAUUCUAAGUUUUGA